UACAUUCAUCUUUCUUCUUCCCAAAAAUCUCCGAGUCUUCUUUUGCCCACCAAAAAGCCUUUCUCAAGCAUUUCUUCAGUCAUCUGGUGGGGGAAUUUAGACCAACUGACCACGGCCAUGUCUACGAUGAUGACCAACCAUUUUCCAACGACAAAUGGUGCCGUUUCGAGCCAACGACGUCGUUUUUCAAUACGCGCUGCCCACCAAGAAGCCGCCGUCAUCAGCCACUGCCCACAAACAAAAAAACCGCCAUUAACGAACACGGCGACUCGCUUGGCCGAAUCGCUCUCCAAUCUCCUUCACCUCCACAUCGAAACUCCUUCGAAACAAAAUCUUCACGACUAUUUCUCGACUUCUAACUCCAAUUUUUACGAUGUCGAAGAGAAACAUUCGACUCCGACGACUUCUCCGAAGGAAGUGAUCGCCGAAAAAUGGCGGGAAAUCCACGGAUCCAACGGCUGGGAGAAUCUUCUCGACCCGCUUCAUCCUUGGCUAAGGCGAGAGAUCGUCAAGUACGGUGAAUUCGCGCAAGCGACUUACGACGCUUUUGAUUUCGAUUCGUUUUCGGAGUACUGUGGGAGUUGCAGGUACAAUGCGCACAAACUGUUCGAAAAAAUGGGUCUGGGAAAAAACGGCUAUAAUGUCAGCAAGUACAUUUACGCCAUGUCACAUAUAGAUUUUCCCAACUGGCUGGAGAGAUCCCAUUUGGUGGAUUCCUGGAGCAAACACUCCAAUUGGAUGGGAUACGUAGCAGUGAGCGGCGACGAGGAAACGCGGAGAAUCGGGCGGAGAGACAUUGUCGUGGCGUGGCGGGGAACUGUGGCUCCGUCAGAGGGGUACGAGGAUCUUCAAAGGGAGUUGGAGCCAAUUGGGAAUCACGACGCCAAAGUUGAACAUGGGUUCUUGAGCAUUUACACGUCGAAAAGCGAGAUUACGAGAUAUAACAAGUCGAGUGCCUCGGAACAAGUCAUGAAGGAAGUAAAGAGGCUUGUGGAGAUGUAUAGGGCAAAGGGUGAAGAAGUUAGCCUCACAAUCACGGGCCAUAGCCUCGGUGGGGCGCUCGCUUUGCUCAACGCUUAUGAGGCUGCGCAUGCGAUUCCCGGGCUGCCCAUCAGCGUUAUCUCCUUUGGCGCCCCAAGAGUUGGGAACACCGCCUUCAGAGACAAGCUUCACCAAAUGGGUGUGAGGACAUUGAGAGUUGUUGUCAAGCAAGACAUGGUCCCGCGAAUGCCGGGGCUAGUUUUAAACGAGAGCUUGCAGAAGUUCGAUGAGAUCACGGGAACAUUGGAAUGGAUUUACACCCAUGUUGGGGCUGAGCUGAAACUUGACGUCCGGUCGUCAUCUUAUUUGAAGCGCGGAUUCAAUUUGAUUGGGUUUCAUAGCUUGGAGACUUACCUGCAUCUUGUGGAUGGUUUUUUAAGCACAAGGGCCACAUUUAGGAACAAUGCAAGGAGGGAUGUUGCUUUAGUGAACAAGGCAUGUGAUAUGUUGGUGGAUGAGCUUAGAAUUCCACAGUGUUGGUACCAAUUAGCCCAUAAGGGGUUGGUUUGUAAUGCUCAUGGGAGAUGGGUUAAACCCAAGAGAGAGAUUGAGGACAUUCCUUCACCUGUUAGAGAGGCACAACAAGCCCAUUCCCUUGCUGUGUCUUUGCAAUCAGAUAACAAUGUAUUUCAACCUGUACUUAGUGCUUGAAACAUACACAAAUAUAUAAUUUGAGAAAAGAACUUAAAUCCGUUGAUAA